CCUCUCCCUUCCCCAAUCUUUGAACUGGAUAAGGAAUUCUUACAUACAGUAAAAGCCCUCCAGAACUUUAGAACAUGGUGAGAAAUUCUAGAGCCUUUAAGAGCCACAGAAUCUGGCGGGCAUCUCCUGGAGACAGGUGGACGUUUGGUCUCUGCAGCCAUGCCCAAAGUCAUGAAGGAUGUUGUGCACCCCUUGGGGGCAGGGGAGCCGAGCAUGGCGCGGGCUGUGGUCCGCAGUACGGGCGGCUUUACCCUGGGCUUGUCCUUGGCCACAGCCUAUGGGCUCCUGGAGCUGCUGGUGGAAGGGCACAGCCCCUGGGGCUGCCUGGUGGGCACCCUCACUUUGGCGGCCUUCCUUAGUCUGGGCAUGGCGUUCUCCCGCCAGGUCCGAGUCACGAUCUUCCUGCUCCUGCCCCAGGCCUUCUCCAAGCAGGGCCGGACACUGCUGUUGGUGGCUGCCUUUGGGCUGGUGCUGCAAGGACCCUGUGCCAACACCCUGCGCAACUUCACCCGGGCCAGUGAGGCUGUAGCCUGUGGGGCAGAACUGGCCCUGAACCAGACCGCUGAAAUGCUGGAGAGGGCCAAGCAGCCCCUUGUCAGUGCCCUGAACAAGAUCAAAGAUAUUGCCCAGAAGACUAAGGAGGUGGCUGACCGGGUCCGCAAGUUUUUUCGGUCAAUCAUGGAUGGUGUGAAGCACAUAGCCAGGGCCCUGCGGAACGUGUGGUACUGGCUCCUGCACAUCGGCGACGUGUGCAACUCGGAGCUGGGCAACCCCUACUUGAAGUGUGCUCGGGUCUUCGAUGAUGCCAAGGACAGCUGCAUGAAGGUCAUACCACAAGCCUACCACCUGUGUUACGUGCUCAUGCCCUUCAAGCUGAUGCUCUGUGGACUUGCUAGUGUGGUCCAGGUGUUUUGUGUCAUUCCCAAGUACAUCCAAACCUUCCUGCGUGAGACCAUCGGCACCCCGGUGAGGAAGUUAAUCAACCGGGUGCGUCAAGAGUUUGAGUUCAAUAUGACAGCCACCCACCACUUCUCUGUGGAUCUCAGUGCCUCUCGGAGCCUGUCCCAGGUAGCUCUGGACCUCCACGAAGCUGUCAGCUUGAAGCUACACCUCGUCCAAGAGGCCUUGGCUCUGAUGGGUUACACGACACCUCUGCUGCUCAUGUUUCUCUACCUCCAAGCCCUGUUCUACCGGUACUGUUACCUGAACUGGGACAGUUUUGACAACAUCUACAUCACCAGCCGAUUCCUGCACAUGGAGGCUGUCCGCUCCAUGGCGGGAUUGCCCACCGUGCUGCCGCUCAGUGCCCACGAGGCCAGACACUACAUCCAGCCGGGCUCCAUCUUCUUGUCCCGGUGGGAGCAGAUUUUCUACAUUCUGGCCACCUUCGACCUUAUUCGGCACCUCCUUCUCGUGUUGCUCCUGGUCUUCCUGGACUAUGCCGUCUUCUGGGUGCUCGACCUGGCCCGGCACCAGUUGCAAGGGGAGAUCGUGGCCCGCAGCCCUGUGUUAAUAUCCAUAACCGUGGAAGGUACUGGCUCCACUGGGAAGAUAUUCCGUGAUCUGGUGUCGGCAUUUGAUGUCCUGCAGCAAGGCAACAUCACCGUCUUGUCCCGGCGCUGCCUCCUGCAUCCCUCGGAGCCCGACAGCACUGGUUAUAUAGUCAUCGGCGUCAUGUAUGGCCUCUGCUUCUUUGUCACUUUGUUUGGCAACUAUGUCAGCCGGCUGCGGCGGGUCAUCUGUGCCUCCUACUAUCCAUCCCGGGAGCAGGAGAGGAUCUCCUACCUCUACAACGUACUUCUGAGCCACCGAACCAAGCUGGUGGCUGCCCUGCACCGAUCAGUGAGGAGACGGGCAGCUGACCAGGGUCACAUGAGUGGCCUCCAGGUGCUGGCCAGGCGGUGUUCCUGCCUGGCUCCGUUUAUCAGCCACUUUAGGCAGCACCAGACCUACUGCCUGGGCUGUGGGCAGCCCCAGGAUGAGGCGCACACAGAGAAUUUGGUGUCCUGCAGUACCCCGGGAUGCCGAGGUCUCUUCUGCCUCACAUGCUUCCGCCUCCUGGACAACACCUGCUCCGUGUGUGCAUCUCCCCUCUCCUACCAGGGGGAACUGGACCUAGAGCUGGACUCCAGUGAUGAGGAGGGCCCCCGCCUGUGGCUGGCUGCAGCUCGCAGAAAGGGCCCUGAACAGGAGGGGUUACUGCGGCAACGGCUCCAAGACGCUCUGAGCAGGACCCUCUCAUCUGAGUCUAGCUCUGAAUUCAGCGACCUGGAUGAGAAGGGGCCGCAGAAGAGCAGGCACGGAUAGCAGCCACCCGAGGCCCAGUUUGUCGGCAUUCCCACGCUCCCUUGGCCCCACUGACCACCUCAAAAAUCCUCUGUUCCCAAAGCAGACCCCUCUCCCGGCUUCAGAACCCCCAGUCCUUCUGAUCCCUCCCAUCUACCCUCCAAAUAA